CUCUUUCCACCUUCAGCCAUUUUGACAAUGUUAGGAGCUGUUGGACGCUGCUGCACCGGGGCUCUCCAGGCACUUAAGCCUGGGGUCCAGCCCCUGAAGGCCCUCGUUGGCUCUCCAUCUGUCCUUGGACGUAGAGACUACGUUGCACCUGCUGCUGCUGCCGCCUUCGCCCAUGGAAGGAUCGUAGCAGUCAUCGGUGCCGUCGUCGACGUCCAGUUUGAUGAGGGCCUCCCACCCAUCCUCAAUGCACUGGAAGUUGCUGGUCGUGAGUCCAGGCUAGUGCUGGAGGUGGCACAACAUCUUGGUGAGAACACUGUGCGUACCAUUGCCAUGGAUGGUACAGAAGGUCUUGUCCGUGGACAGAAGGUUGUGGACACUGGCGAUCCCAUCAGAAUCCCAGUUGGUCCUGAGACCCUGGGCAGAAUCAUGAACGUCAUUGGGGAGCCCAUUGACGAGAGGGGACCCAUCUCCACUAAGCAGACAGCAGCCAUCCAUGCUGAGGCCCCGGAGUUCACUGACAUGAGUGUGGAGCAGGAGAUCCUGGUAACUGGCAUCAAGGUGGUAGAUCUGCUGGCUCCCUAUGCCAAGGGAGGCAAAAUCGGUCUGUUUGGUGGUGCUGGUGUGGGCAAGACUGUGUUGAUCAUGGAGCUGAUUAACAACGUGGCCAAGGCCCAUGGUGGUUACUCUGUGUUUGCCGGCGUGGGAGAGCGUACCCGUGAGGGAAAUGACUUGUACCAUGAGAUGAUUGAGUCGGGUGUCAUCAACCUGAAGGACGACACCUCCAAGGUAGCACUGGUGUAUGGACAAAUGAACGAGCCCCCAGGCGCCCGUGCCCGUGUGGCUCUGACUGGUCUGACUGUGGCUGAGUAUUUCCGUGACCAGGAGGGUCAGGAUGUGCUGCUCUUCAUCGACAACAUCUUCCGCUUCACCCAGGCUGGCUCCGAGGUGUCUGCUCUGCUGGGUCGAAUCCCCUCCGCUGUGGGUUACCAGCCCACCCUUGCCACUGACAUGGGUACCAUGCAGGAGAGAAUCACCACCACCAAGAAGGGUUCCAUCACCUCUGUGCAGGCCAUCUAUGUGCCGGCUGAUGAUUUGACUGAUCCUGCCCCUGCCACCACCUUCGCUCACUUGGAUGCCACCACGGUGCUGUCCCGUGCCAUCGCUGAGCUGGGUAUCUAUCCCGCGGUGGAUCCCCUGGAUUCCACCUCCCGUAUCAUGGACCCAAACAUUGUUGGCGCCGAGCACUAUGAUGUUGCUCGUGGCGUGCAGAAGAUCCUCCAGGACUACAAGUCCCUGCAGGAUAUCAUUGCCAUCCUGGGUAUGGAUGAGUUGUCUGAGGAGGACAAGCUGAUUGUGUCUCGCGCCCGCAAGAUCCAGCGUUUCCUGUCCCAGCCUUUCCAGGUGGCGGAGGUCUUCACUGGUCACGCUGGCAAGCUGGUGCCACUCAAAGAGACCAUCAGUGGCUUCCAGAGCAUUCUAAAUGGUGAGUAUGAUGCACUGCCCGAGCAGGCUUUCUACAUGGUCGGACCCAUUGAGGAGGUGGUUGAGAAGGCUGCACAGAUGGCUAAGGAUCUCGCAUAAGUUAAUCUAACUGAGGGGAGGAGGGAGAAAAGCAAAACACAGGGUUGUGUAGAAGGCACACUUGAUUUGUAAGAAUGUCACAUGCAACAAAUAUCUGUAUUGUCAUCCAAAAAAGUUAUAUUUAAUGUUUCCAAUGAAAGAUGGAAUAAAGAUCUGUCUUGACAAUUUGGUUUGGUCUCGACUGUAUAUUUUGUAGCAUUUUUUAAAAUGUUGCAAUGCUAUUCUGGUCUUGGUGCUGUCAGACUGGUUGUAAAAUGUCAUCCUACAGCACUGAUCCACUAGAUGGCGUUCAAAGGCUUUGUACAAUGCUUGAGUGAAUAAAUAAAAUGGCUGUUAAAGUUGA